UUGUCUUGUAGGCGUGUUUGUAUGGACUAUUAUGUAGAGAGUUGUUGAUAGUCUGAAGGGCACUGUAGGUGUCAGAGAGGGGUAAACGUUUUUCCUCCUCCUUAUGGAAUCCCGGGUCUUACUGUCCAGUGAGAAGCUGAUGCCGGUGACACUGGACCUAUAGGAGAAGUGGGAUCCCGCCUGGACCGCAGGGGGAGCAGUGCACCAGGGGCCAGUGCAGCCUUCGGAGCUGCUCCACAGCUCAGAGUCCGGGUCUUUAAAGUGGGCCAUAUACAGGCAGCAGGAGAGAGGACCGCAAUCCGCCCGGGGUUUCUCCCUCAGGACAUGUCAACUUAAUCCUUCACUAUCAUCGAAAACAAAAAUCCUGCUUUAAAUAUGGUGCUGAUUUGCCUAGUUUUCAUUGCUUUCUGUGGAUUCACCAAAUGCCAGGACCUACCAACUUUCGACCUCCUGGAAGGGUUUCGGUUGUCUGAGUCGGAUGGAGUCAGGACCGUGGAUGGGUCUGAUCCCCAGGCUGUGGCUUACCGCAUCAACCCCUCCGUUCAGCUAAGGAGGACGACGAGUGAGGUCUACCCUGAGGGCCUGCCCCCCGACUACGCCAUCAUCGCCACCUUCAAGGUAGCCAAUGAGAGCAUGAGGAACAGCUGGGACCUGUGGCAGGUCAGCGCCCCCGAUGGCCAGGAACAGGUUGGCGUCCGUUUCCCUGGUGAUGGUAGCUCGCUGGACUUCUUCUACACGGGGCCUGGUGGUGCCCGGAUGCUGCGCACCUUUCGGGAUGUGGAGGGGCUCCUGGAUGGCCAGUGGCACAAGCUGGCACUGAGCGUGCAGGGUGAGCGCGUGCGGCUGCUUGUUGACUGCCGCGAGGUCAGCACCGUGCCCAUUGACGGGCAUCGGGCCACCAUUCGCGCUGGCUUCACCUCCAUCGUCAAGCGGGCCGUCGGCGACCACUCCGGCCCGGUGGACCUCCAGCAGAUGGCGCUCUCCUGUGAUCCAGACCAGGCAUACACUGAGGCUUGCUGUGAGCUCUCCAGUGCUUGUGGGGGCCACGCCGAGAUCGGCCUGACUGGGGGGCGCGCCCCCUGCAAGUGUGUUCAUGGCCAGCCAGGUGUGCAAGGGCACCCAGGACAGAAGGGUCACAGAGGUCUCCCAGGCAACCAGGGAGAGGCAGGCAGAGUGGGAAACUGGGGAGUCCGCGGGAGCACAGGCGGCUACGGUCCAUUUGGGGAGACGGGUUCUAAGGGUUUACCUGGAAUUAAAGGGGAGGAAGGAAUGAAUGGACUCCCAGGGAUUCAGGGCGAGAGAGGAAUGAAGGGUCUCAAAGGACUGAACGGAGCUCGUGGAUUCAAGGGUGUACGAGGGAGCCCCGGCGAGAGGGGGGAGACAGGAAGGCAGGGCCCAGUGGGGGCCCCAGGGGAAGUGGGCCAUGAGGGGAUUCUGGGAUAUCAAGGAGUGAAGGGAGAACAGGGGCACCUAGGAGCAGAGGGCCACCGGGGGCACAAGGGACAACAGGGUGUUGUUGGAGAUCCUGGAGAUCGCGGAGCACCAGGGCUCAAAGGGAAACCCGGUGUUCAAGGGCCAGCUGGAAAGCGUGGUACCAUUGGAGAGAAGGGCAUUGUGGGAGACCCUGGCUUUCCAGGGAGAGACGGGGACCUGGGAGUAGAAGGUUACCAAGGAGCCCAAGGUCCAGAGGGAGGGUCAGGUCAGGCGGGGGAGAAGGGAGAGAAGGGGUCAUGGGGUCGCCCUGGAGACAUGGGGCUACAGGGAGUGCCAGGCCCACGAGGCUACAAAGGUUCAGCCGGCAAACCGGGCCGUCCAGGAUUUGUUGGCCCACCAGGGCCCAUUGGACACUUGGGAAUGACAGGACGUCCAGGCCCCAAGGGUGCUACAGGCAAACCAGGCAUCCAGGGAGCCCAAGGGCAGGAGGGGCAACAAGGACAGACGGGGCCCAGAGGUCAGGAGGGGGACAGAGGUAAACAGGGUCCCCGUGGCAAGGAAGGGAAGCGAGGAGCUGGUGGGGAGCCCGGUUCUGCAGGACCUGUGGGGAGCAGAGGCGUCCCGGGAGAUGGGGGACCUCAGGGAUUCCAGGGACCUCCUGGGCCACCUGGCCCAGUGCUGGCUGCCCAGCACGUCAUUGAAGUCUGUAAGAAGGUGGUGCUGGAGCAGAUGUCCACCUUCGCCAACUCCGUGAAGAGGACAUGUGCCACCGUCUGCCCCCUGUAUGGAGACGUGCCCAUGGGAGCCCCAGGCCCCCCAGGACCAAAAGGACCCUCCGGACCACCCGGCGACCCUGGAAAUGACGGAGCUGAAGGGGAGGUGGGCCAGCAGGGGUAUUACGGAGAGCCUGGGGAUCCCGGAAGACCGGGAGUGCCAGGUAACCAAGGAGACCACGGAGACAAGGGAGCUAAAGGGCAUGGCUUACCUGGAUAUGCGGGAGACCAGGGAACGAAGGGCCAACGGGGACGACCUGGCAUCGCCUUUGAAGGCCAGCCUGGGCACCCUGGCGAGAGGGGCCACUUGGGACGUCCCGGACUGAGGGCUCACCCAGGACUCCCAGGAACACCCGGAAUCUGUCUGACGUCGGGGUGCCACCAGCUUGACGUGACACCUGCUCCCCCGGCCACGCAGACUGCCCCCACCCGUAGGAGGCGCCCGUAAGGGGCAAAAGAAGCCAGGGCAUAUUUGGAGGGGGCGUGACCCAAAACAGGGGUGGGGGAGGGGCCACAUUUUGACUGAAGCUGAAGUUAAAUCACAGGCUACACCAGCACACUGGCAUCUGCGAGGCAAAUACAGAUGCUCAUUAUAGUUAAAAGGUCCCUUUUAUUGGGGUAAUUUAUGUUAACAUUCCUAACAUGAAUCAAACUCAAAGUCUCCUCGAGUACCAUGUUCUUUAUAAUAAAACCUCAAAAAUGUGA